GAUUUGUUCUACAUAUAGGCUAUGAGCUUGCUAGACUGACUGGGGGCUAGCUUCCGUAGAAAAAUGAAAGACAACCCAGAUUUCAAUAUUGAAUUUGUGGAGUAGAAUACAUUAUCGUCCGCCAACAUAAAUGCUUACAAGUGAACGAACAUCAGAAACAAAUUGUCGGCGACAUGUCGCGUUGUUAAUGCACGACCGGCCUAACCAGCCAUGAGCUAUAGAAAAAAGUUCGUCAUAUUGUCAAGAAACAAAUUCUUUUUUGGAAAAUAUAAUUAUCUAUCAAAGUGUUUCAUAAAAUAUGAAGUGGCCGGCAAAUCAUGGUAACAAAUCAAACCUUCAUUUUAUGCAGAUUCUAUUUUUUUUUCAACUUACUUUGGAACCGUUCAACACUGAACCCAACAGUGGGAACGAUAUCGCUAACUUUAUCAUCUUCGCUUUUGAAACUAUUCACUACCGUAGUUUUGCCACUAUUAUUCAAUCCCACCACUAAUACGUUAACUUCCCUUCUUCUCACCCCUAAGAAAUUGACUAGUUUUUGGAAUAAACCCAUUUUAAAUUAAUCAUUUUGCUACUGAAAAUUCAAUGUUCAGUUUUUGUAUUCAUAGAUGCGUUGCUAUAGCAACUCUGAACUAACAUUAGCCAGAAAUUAAUUUUUUUGUGGUCACCCUAUAGAAUGAAUGUUGGAGUUUAUUUUUUCAUUAGAACUGUUUUUAUUUAUUUAUUUUUUUCAUUAAAAAUGUGCCCUGGGUGCGACCAAAAAGUUUUUUAACACGGUAAACGGUAAAGUUCCUCGUAGCUGGCAACAUUGAGCAUCUGCGGUGACGUCAUUCGGGGUCAUAGACUUUUUUUUUGCUUGUGUAUCCUUGAAUACGACUACAAUCGCUGCAGUGGAUUUAGAUCAAGAUUUUUUGAGAAUAAUUGACUAAAUUGAGACAUAUUUUUUAAGGAAGAGUAAUAAGUGGGCAAAUGAAACUUACUGGUUCUGGCACGGUUCUCAUGUCGGUUGAACAGAGCCACAGAGCUAGAUGACAUAAGAGGUAAAAUUCAUUUGUAACCUAACCUCAUUUUUUGACAGUCAGCUAAUCUACUCCAAGACAUAUGUAAAUAAACCUUAUCUCUGUUUAUCACACAAAGAACAAGAAAAAUAAUACCAAAAUUUUCAAUGAACAUACCAUCUUCUUGAAUUCCAAACAAAAAUUUUAUCUUUUUUUCAAUUACUAGUAGGUAUAUCUGAUAAUUAUUAUUAUUGUGUGAUGGAGGAGCCCCAGGAACUUCUUGUAGACGUUACAGAGGAGAAAAUUCAAGAAAACCCCAAAAUUGAAUCGGGGGUUUUGAAGGAGAAAACCUCCUCAGAAAACUCAGAGUAUGAUAGUGUCGAUAGUUAUAGUGAUGAAGAGGAAGAACAACCACCGGUGACUAGGGCCAGGUCCAAAACAUCUGGAUUGGAUUCGCCGAGGGAUUCGCAUUCUGAAAAUGAGGGGAGUGUCAUUCUUGAACGAGAAGAAGGCGAUGGUCAAGAAAGCGUCCCACAAAAGAAAGUCGACGACGAUGAGGACAAAAAGAACCCCCAAUACAUCCCAAAAAGGGGCACAUUUUACGAACACGACGACAGAACUGCUGAAGAUUUAGAAGAACAAAGAGGAGAAGAAGAUCCUGCCAAAGUCGAACCUGAGAGUAAGAAAAAAGUGUGGCAGGAUAAGAAAGAGAAAUGGUCGCACGACAAGUUUGACGACCACGAACAAGCCCCAAAAAGCCGGCAGGAACUGGUAGCCAUUUACGGUUACGAUAUUCGCAAUGAAGAUGGACCCCCAAGGGCAAGAAGGCGUAGGAGAUAUGGUCGUGGUCCAAACAAGUAUACCCGUAACUGGGAAGACAAAAAUGCCUAUAGCAAACCGCCACCGGCUCGUCCCCAAAGAAAGCCCAAAAAUCCAACCAGAGAAGACGACGGAGAUAAGGAAGAAUUUCCGCCAUUGGGAGGCGCAGAACAAAACAGGCCUAGAACAAAAUCCAAAUCGUCAGAAUCGAAUCACGAUGAGCAUAUUAAGGAAAACGAUGAUGACAAAAAGCCAUUUGUGAAGCAAGAAGAAAAUAGAAAGUCUUUUGAGAGGCCGGAUGCGAGAAUUAAAGUCAAACCGUCACAGGAACAGCCACAACAAUUUAGGAGUCAUAAUAGUAAACAGUUUACAGAAAAUAAUUCAGAUCAAAAUUACAAUAGGUCGAAUCAUAUAACUAGAGCUGGAUCUGGUAGGAUAGUUAAGCCUACUAGAGAAAUUAAGGAUUCUGAUUAUAGAGGUUUCACAUCAAAAUCUAGGCAGCAACGAGGAACGCGUAGCGAAAAUCAAACGAUUUUACCUCCUCGUAAAAGAGAGACUGAUUUCAUACAGUCGCAAAAUUUCACGAAUAAAACUAAUCACAUUAAUCAAGUUGCUGAAUUGGAAAAAGAAAUUAACCAAUUAAAUAUUCAGGAUGGUGUCUAUAAAGGUAGCAACAGAAACAAUGCCCAAAACAGCAAUCAAAAUCGUCAAGGCAGCGGUCCGCCACGUCUACAAAAUUCCGAGCAACAGAAAAGCUCCAAACGGUACAGCUCCAUGAGGCAAAGGUCCUUGCCUGAAACUAAUACUCCCCCAAUUCCGGCCAAUUUCAGUUUUUACCCCACUGAUUAUAAUUCGACUGCGCCUCCUCCGGCAACUCAACAAGCGUUACUUGCAGCUGCAAUUCCUCCUCCAGCUUUAGUGACGCCGCAGGUUCCUGUUACUGCAGCUCCUCCUCCUCUAUUACAGGCUCAAUUUGCUCCGCCGCCAACUUUCGCAGCUCCACCGCCGCCCCAAGCCUAUCUACAAGCAGCCCCGCCACAAUUCAUACCGCCCACGGCGCCACCUCAGAUAGUCAGCUACGUUACUCAGGCCCAACCCGCUUUUGUCCAGGGUUACCAGGGUCAAUUCAACGUCAACACAGUGACUCAGCCAGCUGAACUGUACCAACCUCAAGGCGGUAUAACUUACUAUUCGGCCGAUCAACAAAUCGCUCAGCGUUCGGUGCCGUUGAAACGGCCCAAAGCAGCCAUACCGAUAGUGGCUCCAACCGAUUUUCUAGAAAACAAAGAAAUGAGCGGCUUUUUUCAGGUUCAAAGGGAGGAAUUAAAUUAUAAUGCCGCUCCUGGCGAUACGCAUGAGGUGCAAGAAUGAGAUUGGCUGUUGGUUUAUGUGGGGUAUAAUGAUAGAUGAUAGUUGGAUUUAAUUUUUUAGAGUUGGUUAUGGAUUUGAACAAAAUGGAGAAUGUUAACCAAUCAGGUUCUUCAGAAACAGAUCUUUGAUUUUGUUAGUCCAUGAACAACUUUUCUGAGAACUGCUUUAGUUUGCUUUUUAUAUUUUUUGAUUGAUCAUUUUUUGUGUUUGAAUUAUUUAAAUUAUCUUUGUUUAUUAGUUUUAUAAAGGGUGGGCCCAUUUUCAUGGCUCAUUUUUUAUGAAACUAAAAUUUAAGAGAUAUCGUCAAUAAUGAUAAAAAUUUAUAUUUAUUUAUUGUGCUUUUUUAAGAGAUUAAGAUUAUUUUUCAAUUUUUAAUUACAUACAGGGCGUUCAUUUCAAAACUUGCCACUUACGUUAUCAGCGUAAACAGACAGAUUCCUGGAAAUCGCCGAAACAUGUCAACAAAUUUAUUGAGGGAAAAGGUUUUUUUAUGUAAAACUGGACUUCGCCCCUUCAAAUUUCUAUGCCCUAGAGUAGCUACCACUCCAAAAUUUUCAACUGAGACGGGCAAUCGAGUGAUAGAUCAUUUUAAAGGGCUGUUUAAUCUGCACAUUUUGCCGUCCUAUAAUUUAAAUUUGACUUAACUGUUGCAGAAUAACACCCAUUUCAAUAUUUGAAAAUUCCUAUUUAUCCUUAAACACAGUUGCUUGUUUACCUGUUGCCAUAAUAAAAAGGUAGGUAAAGAUGCAGGUGUGUUGAAAGAAAAAUAGGGAUUUUCAAACAUUGAAAUGGGUGUUAUUCUUCAACACUAAGCUCAAAUUCAAAAACUAGGACUGCAAAAUAUGCCGAUUAAACAGCCUUUUAGAAUAAUCUAUCACUCGACCCCUUGUCUCAUUUGAAAAUUUAGGGUGGGUAGCCCUGGUUAGGGGGUUGAAGAAAGUCCAGUUUUACGUAAAAAACCUUGCCCCCCCCCAAUAAAUUUGUUGACAUGUUUCGGCGAUUUCCACAAAUGUGCCUCUUAACGCAGAUAAUAUGGGUGGCAAGUUUUGAAAUGAAAGCCCUGUAUAUGUUAUAAUUCUCAUGAAACGACAUUUUAUAAUUAGAUAGUAUAUUCGAAAACUAAAUUAUUAAUAAUUGUUAGCUAAGUGUACACAUCCCUCCCAUUUUUUAUUUCGAAAUUGUUAGGUUUCUUAACAAGAAUACCACAUUUAGCAUCAAAAAAAUUAUUUCAUCCUUUUUCUAACAAACCUAUUUUUGAAAUUAU